AUGUAAAAAUCAACUAACUCAAGUCAUUUCUAAUCAAUAUCUCCUCCCUUUCUUUUAUCAAAGCGUUUGAAAUCAGAGGGACCAGAUUUUUUAACUCAGCUGGACUAAAAUGCCUAAAAAUCUAUCUAAAGAAGAAUGUAACUUAGCGAAUUACAAAUCACAGAACCAGAUUAAAAACCUACCUUAAGUAAUAUUAGAAUAAAUUUUUAAGAAUAGAAGUAGAACAUUAAAGCUCGUCCUAAAGUUAUUCGAACCAAGUAGCCAUCUCUUCCUUAUCUUAAAAUUGAUGAUAAAUAGUAUUAUGAUAAAUGGUACAUUCCAUAUGAUUAGAGAUAUAUUCAAAAAGUUACUAUGGCUUAAGAAUCUUACCAAGGUACUUUAUCUAUUUAUAUAUAGAUCCUUUAUAUUUCUACAAAAAUAUGCAUAAAGGAACUGCUUAAUAUGAUCCAUUUGAAAGUAAAUUACCACAAGAUGUUCAAAAUAGCAUUGAAUACAAGCAAAGAUCAGAAAUAUUAAGGGAUCUCUUACGUGGAUAAAAAAUGAUAAUCGAAUUCAAAAAGUAUAAUGUACAUAAUUUCAAGAACUUUGGAGCAAAAUUCAUAAAGAAUUCCUUAAUUCUUAAAGAAGAUUUUCGAAGAUAAAAAAUUAUAAUAAUCGAAAAAGUGA